AGCGCGAGCCGCGGCCCCAGCCGGGCCGAGCGCGCUGCCGGAGUGGAGCCGCUGUAGACUGUGGUUUUGUGCUUGCUCACCAAAGCUAAUCUCAGCAUGCUCAAAAGGAAGCAGAGUUCCAGGGUGGAAGCCCAGCCAGUCACUGACUUUGGUCCUGAUGAGUCUCUGUCGGAUAACGCUGACAUCCUCUGGAUUAACAAACCAUGGGUUCACUCUUUGCUGCGCAUCUGUGCCAUCAUCAGCGUCAUUUCUGUUUGUAUGAAUACGCCAAUGACCUUCGAGCACUAUCCUCCACUUCAGUAUGUGACUUUCACUUUGGAUACAUUAUUGAUGUUUCUCUACACAGCAGAGAUGAUAGCAAAAAUGCACAUCCGGGGCAUUGUCAAGGGGGAUAGUUCCUAUGUGAAAGAUCGCUGGUGUGUUUUUGAUGGAUUUAUGGUCUUUUGCCUUUGGGUUUCUUUGGUGCUACAGGUGUUUGAAAUUGCUGAUAUAGUUGAUCAGAUGUCACCUUGGGGCAUGUUGCGGAUUCCACGGCCACUGAUUAUGAUCCGAGCAUUCCGGAUUUAUUUCCGAUUUGAACUGCCAAGGACCAGAAUUACAAAUAUUUUAAAGCGAUCAGGAGAACAAAUAUGGAGUGUUUCCAUUUUCCUACUUUUCUUUCUACUUCUUUAUGGAAUUUUAGGAGUUCAGAUGUUUGGAACAUUUACUUAUCACUGUGUAGUAAAUGACACAAAGCCGGGGAAUGUAACCUGGAAUAGCUUAGCUAUUCCAGACACACACUGCUCACCAGAGCUAGAAGAAGGCUACCAGUGCCCACCUGGAUUUAAAUGCAUGGAUCUUGAAGAUCUGGGACUUAGCAGGCAAGAGCUGGGCUACAGUGGCUUUAAUGAGAUAGUGUCACACUGGUGGAUGAUUAGCAGCAAGAGGGGAUCAUCAAAUAAAAGAAUGAGACAGGAGAAAAGCUAUGUACACAUCAGCACCAUAAUCCGUAUUGACAGAGCGGGUGAUGCAGCCAGGAGUCAAGGAGAUGAUGGCUGCUCCGGGCACCAUCAAGGUGAAGAACCAGCAGCCAGACCUCAAGGUUUACUGGAGUCAGGGCCAUGCAUGAGAGCAGGAUUCACUGGGUUGCAGGGCACAGCAGCAGUGAAGAGAGUGUACAGAAGAGAGCCAGGCAGCAAACGGGGCCACACCACCCAUCUGCUUCCAUGCUGCCUGCCCAAGGGUAGUAUUUCAGCUGAAUCUCCUCCGCAGAUGUGGGCAAAGGAGCUCCAGGGCGUGUCCUCAUUCUUUGCCCGGAACAUUUGCAGGGAUGGCCCGACACUCCCCGCAGAGCCUGAGAGCGAGUGGCGAGCCAAGAUAUCAGCAGCACAAUGUUUCACCUGCGCUGCCAGAUACUCAGACAGAAAAAACACACAACAGUUUGUCAAAACAGCCAUCAGCGCGGCGCGCUCGCUUUUCCCGCUGCCCCCGGUCCUGGCUGCCAAGGUACACGGCCAGGUUUAUCUAAGGGCUGGAGAGCUCCUCUUUUACAUUCCCGGCGAGGUGGGGAUGAUAUGGCACAGGAAGGGACCGGGAACGCUCCCCGGGGAGCCCAGGCGCUACCUGGAAAAGGCUUGCUAG